GGCGGUGGCGGGGGGGCGGCUGUGCGUGCGGCGCGUGCGCGCGGCGGCGGUGUGUAUGUGAGGCUCUGACGGGUUCAAAAUGGCGGCGGCGGCUCCUGUAAGAGGACAAAGGCGCAGGAGAGACCUGGAGGAAGAGGACGAAGACAGCAGUCCUGGCGUGUCCUUCUCGCUCUCUUCAGAGGAGUCGGAGAUGGAGCCUGAGGAGGAGCGGAUCCGUUACAGCCAAAGACUGCGUGGCACCAUGAGGCGGCGCUACGAGGACGAUGGCAUCUCCGACGACGAAAUCGAAGGGAAGAGGACAUUUGACCUCGAGGAAAAGCUGUCCACCAACAAGUUCAACUCCACCUUCGUGGUCUUCAUGGAAGGCAAAGACUUCACAGUUGAGUACAUCCAGCGGGGUGGCCUGAGGGACCCUCUCAUCUUCAGGAGCUCGGACGGCCUGGGGAUAAAGAUGCCGGAUCCGGACUUCAGCGUGAACGAUGUGCGGCUGUGUGUCGGGAGCCGACGGAUGGUGGAUGUGAUGGACGUGAACACGCAGCGGGACAUCGAGAUGUCCAUGGCGCAGUGGGCGCGGUACUACGAAACGCCAGAGGAGGAGAGGGAGAAGCUCUACAAUGUCAUCAGCCUGGAGUUCAGCCACACCAAGCUGGAGAACCUGGUGCAGAGACCUGCCACGGUGGAUUUGAUUGACUGGGUUGAUAAUAUGUGGCCCAGACACCUGAAGGAGAGUCAGACAGAGUCUACAAAUGCUAUCCUGGAGAUGCAGUAUCCCAAGGUGCAGAAGUACUGUCUGAUGAGUGUCAAGGGCUGCUACACAGAUUUCCAUGUGGACUUUGGUGGCACUUCUGUGUGGUACCACAUCCACCGAGGGGGAAAGAUCUUCUGGCUGAUCCCUCCUACACCCCAGAACCUGGAGCUCUAUGAGAACUGGCUUCUCUCAGGGAAGCAGGGAGACAUUUUCCUUGGGGACAGAGUGUCGGAGUGCCAGCGCAUCGAGCUCAAGCAGGGCUACACCUUUGUCAUCCCCUCAGGUUGGAUCCAUGCUGUGUACACCCCCAUGGACACGCUGGUUUUUGGGGGCAACUUCUUACACAGCUUCAACAUCCCUAUGCAGCUUCGGAUCUACAGCAUUGAAGACCGCACGCGGGUCCCAAAUAAGUUUCGUUACCCCUUCUAUUACGAGAUGUGUUGGUACGUGCUGGAGCGUUACGUGUACUGCAUCACCAGCCGCUCACACCUCACCAAGGACUUCCAGAAGGAAUCGCUCAGUAUGGACAUGGAGCUGAGCUCCUCAGACUCAGUGAACAUGGAAGAGGAGGAGGAGGAGGACGAGGAGGAGGACGCAGCAGGGAAGGAGCCCAGGCGGCCGGUCACGAGGCGGUCCAUCCUCACCAGCCCCAUCGCCAACGGUGCCAAUGUGGACUAUGAUGAGCUGGGCAGGAGCUGCCGGAGCAGCCUGCCGGGCCUGAAGAAGACCCCGUCCAUAGACUCUUCCGACUCCAGCCGGGGCUCCCAGAACGGCCAGGCCUGGGAGCCCAGCGGGGGCAGCCCGCGCAAGAACAGGAAGGUGCACCUGACCCAGUUCGAGCUGGAGGGGCUGCGCUGCCUCGUGGACAAGCUGGAGUCGCUCCCUCUGCACAAGAAGUGUGUUCCCACCGGCAUCGAGGAUGAGGAUGCCCUCAUCGCUGACGUCAAGCUGCUGUUGGAAGAAUACGCAAACAGCGACCCAAAACUGGCACUUACAGGCGUCCCCAUCGUCCAGUGGCCCAAGAGAGAUAAGCUGAAGCUCCAGGCCCGGCUGCGGGUGCGCCUGCCCACCAUCCCCAUCACCAAGCCGCACACCAUGAAGCCGACCCCGCGCCCGACGCCCGUCAGGCCCACGGUGUCCCCCAUCGUGUCGGGCGCCAGGCGGCGGCGGGUGCGGUGCCGGAAAUGCAAGGCUUGCAUGCAGGGCGAGUGUGGCAUGUGCCACUACUGCAGGGACAUGAAGAAGUUCGGCGGGCCCGGCCGCAUGAAGCAGUCCUGCGUCCUCCGGCAGUGCUUAGCGCCCAGGCUGCCUCACUCGGUCACGUGUGCACUUUGUGGUGAGGUGGAUCAGAACGAGGACUCACAGGACUUUGAGAAGAAGCUCAUGGAGUGCUGUAUCUGCAAUGAGAUCGUUCACCCUGGCUGUCUGCAGAUGGAUGGGGAGGGGCUGCUCAACGAUGAGCUUCCCAACUGCUGGGAGUGCCCCAAAUGCUACCAGGGUGAUGACACAGAGAAGGGCCAGAAGCGGAAGGUGGAGGAGAGCGACGACGACACGGCACAAGCCAAGGUGCUGCGGCCCCUGCGGAGCUGCGAGGAGCCCCUGACUCCCCCUCCCAACUCUCCCACCCCGAUGCUGCAGCUGAUCCACGACCCGGCGUCCCCGCGGGGCGUGGUGACGCGCUCGUCCCCCGGCGCCGGCCCCAGCGACCACCACAGCGCCAGCCGGGACGAGCGCUUCAAGCGGCGGCAGCUGCUGCGGCUGCAGGCCACGGAGAGAACCAUGGUGCGGGAGAAGGAGAACAACCCCAGCGGCAAGAAGGAGCUGUCGGAGGUGGAGAAGGCCAAGCUGCACGGCUCCUACCUCACCGUGACGCUCCAGCGCCCCACCAAAGACGUCCACGGCACCUCGAUCGUCCCCAAGCUCCAAGCCAUCACGGCCUCCUCCGCCAACCUGCAGCACUCGCCCCGCGUGGUCGUGCGCCACGCGCCCGCCAGGAUGCCCCUGCGGAGCGGGGGCGAGGAGGAGGCGGCCGGCGAGGAGGAGGACGAGGAAGAGGAGGAGGAGGACGAGAACGCGGAGGAGGGGGGGGCGGCCCGGCUGAACGGCCGCGGGGGCCGAGCGCAGGAGGACGAGGAGAGCUGCAUGCAGAGGGAGGUCUGGAUGUCCGUCUUCCGCUACCUCACCCGCAGGGAGCUCUGCGAGUGCAUGCGGGUGUGCAAGACCUGGUACAAGUGGUGCUGUGACAAGAGAUUGUGGACAAAGAUAGACUUGAGCAGGUGCAAGUCCAUCACCCCCCAGGCGCUGAGCGGCAUCAUCAAAAGGCAGCCGGUCAGCCUCGACCUCAGCUGGACCAACAUCUCCAAAAAACAGCUUACGUGGCUCGUCAACAGGCUGCCAGGCCUGAAAGACCUCAUCCUAGCGGGCUGUUCCUGGUCUGCGGUCUGUGCUCUCAGUACCUCCAGCUGCCCCCUUCUCAGGACCCUCGAUCUUCGGUGGGCAGUAGGAAUCAAGGACCCUCAGAUCCGGGACUUACUCACGCCUCCAACAGACAAACCCAGUCAGGACAAUCGCAGCAAACUCCGCAACAUGAUCGACUUCCGGCUCGCCGGCCUGGACAUCACCGACGCCACGCUGCGCCUGAUCAUCCGCCAUAUGCCCCUGCUGUCCCGCCUCGACCUCAGCCACUGCAACCACCUCACGGACCAGUCGGCCAACCUCCUCACCGCCGUGGGCUCCUCCACACGCAACUCCCUCACCGAGCUCAACAUGGCAGGCUGCAAUAAGCUGACGGACCAGGCCUUGCUGUACCUGCGCCGCAUCUCCAACGUCACCCUAAUCGACCUGCGAGGUUGCAAACAGAUCACCCGCAAAGCCUGUGAGCACUUCAUCUCGGACCUGUCCAUCAACAGCCUCUACUGCCUGUCCGAUGAGAAGCUGAUCCAAAAAAUCAGCUAGAGACCCUCCCCGGGGCAGACUGAGGAGAAGGAAAAGAGCCCAUCCCACCCCUCUCGGAGAACCGCUCCACCUCCCCACCUUGCCCUCCGUGUCCUGCCGCUGCCUCCCACCUGACUUGGCAGGCAGGGCCGCUGCUCCACUGUCCUUCCUCCUCCUCCUUCCCCGGGACUUCUGCCGAGGAAGAUGUCCCGCCAGACUGGCCAGUACCAGAGGAAGAACGGGCACAUGGAAGGGAGCCUCAGGCCAGAGGCUGGCCGCUCCCGGGGUGGAGCUCGUAACAGAGGUCUCUGUGCAGAGAAAUGGGGCACCCUCUUCCCCCAGCUUUUCCCCUUCCUCCCCGUCGUCUCCUUGCCUUGAAACACUUGUCACUUCCCCGGUAGCACAAAGCUUAAGGGUCAAGGUCUCUCCAAGGAAGCGGGAGCAGAGGCAGAACAUCCCCUACCCCUCUGUGCCACCACCAGCUCGGUGCUUGCCCUGCCCUCUCAUGCCCUUUCUCUUGCCCUCCUCCGGCUGCAGGGACUGUGAUACAUCCCCCUCCUUCUCCCACCGCUCCCACACGCCCGGGCGGCUCUCUGGGGGCCGAGGGCAGGAGCCUGUGGCCGGGGUGUCACCAGGAGCAGGGGCUGGGAGAGCCCGGGGAGGCGAGGCUGGGGGAUAACUCACUUCCACUCUGGGACAGCAUCAGCCUUCCCCGAGCGCCGCCUGUCCAAGGGGAUGGAGCAGGGGAGAACCCACAGGUACACCAGAGCUCAGGGAGGACUCGGGAAGCAUCAGCCAGGGGUGAGGGAGCACGUGGGGGACAGGAGCUGCCUCCUCUUCCUCCCCAGCUCUCGGCACCGUGAAGCACUCUGGGGCCGGAGGGGUGAGGGCUUUUCCAUGGCCUGGGACCGAACUGGCACGGCCACCCCCCUGCAUUGUCUUCUCCUUCCCCCACCCCCUUUUCGCUGCCGAUUUUCCUUUGCAAUGAAUGGUUGGUCCAAAGAACCUCUCUCUAGGGCAGCAGAGAGCUUUUUGCACUUUAAAAAAAACAACAAAAAAACAACAAAAAAAAAACAAAACAAAACAAAA